CUAACCAACUUAAUACUUCACUUAACCAUCCAGCAAACCGAUCAGAUCGACGAACCUUUUCAAAGUGAAACAAGAUGCAGUCAGGCAAAAAUGCAGCGGCGUCCGCCAAGGAGACCGCAGCGAACGUGGCGGCAUCCGCAAAAGCCGGUAUGGAAAAGACCAAAGCAAGUCUCCAAGAGAAGGGUGAAAAGAUGACUGCUCAUGACCCUAUGCAGAAGGAAAUGGCUAGAGAGAAGAAGGAAGAGAGGAAACACGAGGCGGAGUAUGAGAAGCAGGCCGCGAAAGAGCACAACGCCGCGCAGAAACAGACCACCGGAAUAGGCACCGGAACUCAUAGCUACACGACCACCAAUGUAACCGGCCAUCGCACAGGCACCGGCGGGAUUUAAACUUAGCGGACGUAAAGAUGUGUUCCUUGAUGGUUUUUUUUUUUAAUGGAACUAUGCUUUAUUUGCUUGUGAGUUGCUGUUUUCCGAGUGUUGUAUAGUUUGCUUAUGAUGUAAUAAGGCACUACUUGUCAUCAAUAAUACCUUUAAACCUUUUAAGGAUA